GUCAGACCGAGGAUACCGAGACAGGCCCGUCGCCGCGGUGCGCUGCGCUGCGCUAUCCUCGACCCGUCGUCGCGUUUUGUGUGCGCCGUUUUUUCCAGUUCCAGUUCACGCUCGGUCAUAACAGCAGCAGCGCAGCCGAGCACAGCCGCCGCCGCCAAACCAGCCCCGACCACCUCGUGAAGGCGCUUACUUUCGUGCCACACCAGCGCAGCCAGCCGCACGAUUGCUGCUGCACGCGCAGACGAAGAGAAGCCCUGCGGGGCCGCCAAGAAGAUGGUCAAGCCGAUGUACGAGCUCUGCCUCAACAAGGCGGUGCGGUUCUACACGGCGCCCGAGAACUUCGAAAACAAGGAGUUUCGCAACGUACCCGAUAAUGUCCUCUUCGACUUCUAUCACUUGAUGUACGAUCAGGAUCUAAUGUGCCAGCUGGUUUUGGAACUCAGCGAGUGGCCGGUGUUUGCGCGCAUGUUGACGGUGAAACAAUGCUGGGUGGACCUGCUGCGCAUCUUCCAAGGCCUCCUCAACGUCAACAAGAUGCAGGCGAGCAACCUGGUGCACGACUACAAGUUCUACGCCGAGGAUGCGAGCAAUCGCGAGCAGAUGAUCGAGAUGGGUCUGAAUUUCGCGGUGUUUCUGGUCGAGGGUGCCUGGUACAAUUGCGCCUUCGAACUGCUCAACUGCAUCCACGAAUAUAUCUGCGAGUGGAAGGCCGAGGACUCCUAUCGGCGGAAACUCAUCUAUCUGGAGUGCCUUCAGCGGCGCUUGUACGUCGAAACCAAUUACGCGUUCUUCGACUACGCCGACCGAACGUUUCACUCCUGCCAAGAGCUGCAGCGGCGCAUUGAACGCGAGGCGAGCGAGACGAGGAGGAAGCUGCCGAAUCUGGCGACGCUCUACGCGACAUACACGCAUCUGUUUACGAUGCGCAGCGAGUACGACACAGCAUGCACAUGGGGCUUGAAGGCGAUCGCCCUGCUCAAUUCAGAUCUCUCCAAAAGCGCUUGUCUUUAUGUGCUGCGCAUCGUAGCGAAAGUGUGCGUAAUGAAGCGGCGCUACUCCGAGGGCAACUUUUUGAUUCAGCAGGCGUUGAUGCUGGCGAAGGAGUUGUACGAAGUUGAUCUACAUCCGAACUUUGCGGAUACCCUCAUGGUGUACGGGUUUUUCCUGCUCAAUCACGACAAUAUCCGCGAGAGUCUGGAAGUCUACAAGAAAGCGCUCAAUGUGCGCGUCGCCGUUUUCGGUAAAAAUAACAUUCACGUCGCGUUUGCCUAUGAAGAGUUAGCUUAUGCGCAUUAUGUGCAUGAGUACAGCUCGGGAGACUUCCAGAAAGCACUCGAAUACGCUAACAAAGCAACUAGAAUCUUAUCGAAUCUUUUACCUCCGCAUCAUCUUUCUCUCGCGUAUACAAAACGUGUAAAAGGUUUGAUUGUCGAGGAAAUCGCGCUGGAUCUGCGUGAACCAAGCGAGCGAGAACAACGCGCGCUGCUUUUACUAGAAGCCGAGAUGCUGCACAAGUCAGCGCUGUCGCUCUCAAAGCGCACGUUCGGCCUUGAGAAUGUACAGACGGCGAAACACUACGGGAAUCUCGGACGCGUCUAUCAAUCGAUGGACGAAUACCAGGAAGCCGAACGAAUGCAAUUGAUCGCCAUCCGCAUCAAGGAGAGCAUCCUUGGCAAUUGGGAUUAUGAAGUGGGGCUAAGUAUGGGCCAUCUUGCGUCGCUGUACAAUUUCCACAUGAAGCGAUUCAAAGAUGCGGAGCAUUACUAUCUGCGCUCGAUUGAAAUCGGGAAAAAUCUCUUUGGUGAGUCGUACUCCGGUUUGGAAUACGACUACCGCGGACUGAUUAAAGUCUACACGCAACUGGAGCAGCCCGAGCUCGUUGAAAAGUACAAACGAUUGAUGCAGACGUGGCGCGCGAUGCGGCAAAUGCCGGCGUCCAUCGUGCGCUACACCGACAUGCUGCCAAUCCCGACCAUUGUUCAGCUCUUCCUCAAUUGGGACAAACAGAAAGCCGCCGCGGACUGAGCAGCCGCGCGUUUCGGGCGCACGCAAAACCUGUUAUCGAAUAAUCUCAUUGUUUGAAUUUCACGAAACUGCAAGUCGAACUGCUGGAACUCUGGGACUAUAUUUGCGGAAAAUUUACUAAUCAUCUAGUCACGCAUCGUGUAGCGAUAGGCGGGCGCGCACGUGUUCUGCCGCCUCUCAACAAUUGAUUCCCCUUUCAACUAUAUUUUAUUUUUUUUUAUUUAAUGCAUUGCUGCUGUCUUUACAUUUUGAUACUUUAUAUAUUUACUUUAUACCAGAGCGCAGACGGCUGAUAUGCCAAUUAGAUUAAGAUCGCGCGCGACUCGAUUCGUUUGUGAACACAUUCCGUGCGCCAACAGUAUUUCGUGAUCAUCCGGCAUUGACAAAACCGACGAUUUUGUGACUGCGAAUAGUUAUGCGCUAAAUAUGAUGCGUUUUUUAAUCGAUUUAAGCGUAAGCAGCUAGUUUUUAGUUUCGAUUAGUUUAUGCGUUUUAUUUUUUAUAUUAUCGACGGGUUUUUACACAAUAAUUUUAUUUGCGCUGAUCGGAGACGCGUGCAGCAUGACAAAAGCAGAACAAUGCAAUUUUAUUUUAUCGAAAUAUAAAUAUAUACAUAUAUAGUUUAUUAUAGAUCGUGUGUCUGCGGAUACCGGUCCGAAAAUGAUUUGAAUUAGUUAAUGACAUUUAUCAAGAUUUAUUCAUAAAUAAUUCAUGCGAUUCUCAGACGUAUUUCAUAGUGCAACAGUUGAAGUUUAUCUAUACAUACUUUGUUGGUAAGCGUGAGAUCGGUAUAUCUCGACAUUGAUAAUGUGAUAAAAGCGCUUUAUUAGCACUAAUUUAAGAGUUUAUAAACGCGCGUUUGCGAAUUAAGGAGUGCUGCGAGUGAAAGAGCAUUUACUAUGUAAUAUGUAUCGUGAGUUUUUAUUUGAUUACGACGCGAUGUCUCACUGUGUGACGCAUUCGUACGCCCAAUACUCUCGUUGGUGUUGUUUUAUUUUCGGUCUAGAGAAGCCGAGAGCGAGAUGUUUACGUUGCGUUUAGUUAGUGCUAGGACGUAUUUUACUGUCGGUUUAUAUGUUCAUUAUAGGGUUGCGACUUGUUCUUUCACGGAGUUGCGGGCGCAAGCGCAAACACGCUGGAGUGAUGUGUAAUUUUAGAACUUAGAACUGAUUUAACAAAUUGUUACAAGAUGGAUAUGAAUAAAUAAGAGACAUUCGAUUUUACAUUGAGAAA